AGGUUGCACAUAUGCUUUUGAUUCCUUUAUUUCUAGGUUGAUAAUUUGUUUCUUUUAGAAUUCAGUAAAGUUAUUUGCAGGAAAAGUGAUCUACAUGCAAUUUUGGUUGGAUUUGUUGUAUCAACUGUACUUAUAAAGAGAAAUACUAUGCACAUGUGAUGGGCUGUGCUGAUGCAAGUCUCCGGGCCAUUUAUAAUUCAAAUAAUUGUGUAGAUGACCCAUUCUGCGAGAUCUAACCCCUCUGGAAUGUUAACUCCCUUAAAGUGUUGUUGCCAUGGCUCUUCUGUGCUUUAAAAGAGGAGGUGGCAAGGAUCCAGGCUGCUGCUGAGGGAGCUGGGCAUCUAUGGCUCUGAUGUAGACACUGAAGUCAAUUAAUGCCCUUCACAGAACGUUAUGUCUCCUUUAUCUAAGGAAGAGAAUAUCUGUGUGUAUGCUUGGUUAUAUUUUUUCCCUUGUAUGUCUGCUUUGUGGCAAGAGAAGCUAGAGUAAUCAAACUAGGUAACCAGAAGAGAAUGAUGUUGCCAGUUAAAUGCUGGCCCACAGAAAACACAUUCAUUUUGUUUGUUAAGUUCUAGUUUGAGUAGAUAAAAAGUCCAUUGAAGGUCGUUAUAUCUUAAUUAAAACCUUUUAAUACUUCUGGAAAUUUUAGAAUAAGUUUUUGUUUGUUUGUUUUUUUGAGGUAGGAACAAAGUGAAGUUACGGGAAAGUCUUCAAUUUGCGCUUGGUAAACAUUCCUUUAGUAAUCAAAGUUGAAAUGAUUUAGAGUUUACUUCAAGGCCCAAAUGACAGUGCUGUAGUUUUAGGAUCUUAGUGGCAGCUUCCUAAUGAGUCUACAUGUAUUCACCCAGCACAUGCCUGGUGUUCAGCACAGUGCAAACUGAGGAUAAAAGAGAUUAUUACAUGCUUUGCAUCAUUAACAAGAAAGCUACUGCUUUGCAUUUGCAAACUGAAAAUGUUUAAACGUAGCUUUAUUUUAAAUGCUGUCCAGAUGUUAAGACAGUGAGCACACAGUUUGGUGCCUGUCACGUUCUAAGGCAGAUCUGUGGAGCUCUUUCUGCUACUGCAUCUCAGUUGGAAAAGUAAAAAGUCACAUACUUGACUAGUCAGUCACGGCCUUUCCUGAAGAGUUAGUGUUUGUGUGGCGUUGAUGAGCACUGUCUCCACAUCAGGUGUCAACCUGUUUCUGUCAGAUGUUUUACUGGUAGGCUUCCCAUAUCUUUAUGACAUCAGUAAAACAAAACUCUUGUAAACGUAAGUUAUUACUCUUUAUUAAUUACUUUUAAAAUAGCACAUGCCAAUGACCACACAUUUAAAAGUUCAAAAGAAGACAAUAAACGGCUGAGUUGUCUUUUCCUCAAAGCAUCAGGACUGUUAGUUUUUACGUGAUUUCAAAUGGUUGGCUAAUUUGCCAGUUUUACAGGUAUCCCAUUCAGAUUUGUGAUGAAUCAACAAACAGGAGAGGCAAGCAAGUGCUUAUUGGAUAAUGAAUAAAAUAUAAACUAGCUAUUCCCCAUACGAUAGGAAGUCUGGCUAGCAUGCAGAUCGUUCUCGAGAGUGACUGUUAAUAACUAUGUAAACAUUCUUUUUCUUGUAACUAAUAACGACUAAGACAGUUUUAAGGAUUUUAAAUAUUUCUUUUGCAUAUAAAUUACUGUUCUUGGCAUGCUGUUCUCUCUGCUACCCCCUUACUCUCUGAAGAACAGAACAGGGUUUUAUAUUCCUAACUAGAAACAAGCUGUUUUACAUGAAGUAGAUUAACUGAUUUGCAUUUCCCAGUCCACAUGUCCUGCAUUAUAAAGUGCCACUGCUCUCAGCAGGUAAGUCUUUUGUGUAUCCUAUAUUAAUUUCAGUUUCCUUUGGCUGCAACUUCUAACAGUUUGUAUGUGCUGUUUUGAAGAAUCGGCCUUGAAAGAUGUAAAAAUUAAUGAUAUAAUCAAAUAAUGGCUUAAAAUGCUUUUCUCUUUACAGAAAACACACGUGACAAAUAACCCUGGCACUGUGAAAAUACCACCUAAACGCCCACCAAGAAAACACAUUGUGGAGCGCAACACCGAGUUUUAUCACAUACCCACUCACAGUGAUGCCAGCAAGAAAAGGCUGAUGGAGGACACUGAAGACUGGCGCCCACGGACUGGAACGACUCAGUCUCGCUCCUUCCGGAUCCUUGCCCAGAUCACUGGGACUGAGCAUUUGAAAGAAUCUGAAAAUGACAAUACAAAGAAGGCAAAUAGCGCUCAGGAGACUUCUCAGCAGUCAGCGGCCUCCUCGGGAGCUUCCCCGCUGAGAGCAUCGGAGACCCUGGAGAGCCCAGGCUCCAGCAGGCCAGGAGUGGCAGGCGUCAGAACUGCUGCCGCUUUCAAGCCUGUAGGAUCCACCAGCGCCAUCAAGUCUCCAAGCUGGCAGCGACCAAACCAAGCAGCACCUUCUACUGGAAGAAUUUCAAACAAUGCGACUUUGGGUACAGGGGCACCUGUGAACUCAGCUGUGGGGCCGCCCCAGCCAAGUGACCAAGACACACUCGUGCAGAGAGCUGAGCACAUUCCAGCAGGCAAGCGAACUCCCAUGUGUGCCCACUGCAACCAAGUCAUCAGGGGACCUUUCCUUGUGGCUCUGGGGAAAUCUUGGCAUCCAGAAGAAUUUAACUGUGCUCACUGCAAAAAUACGAUGGCCUACAUUGGGUUUGUUGAGGAGAAGGGAGCUCUGUACUGCGAGCUGUGCUAUGAGAAGUUCUUUGCUCCUGAGUGUGGCCGGUGCCAGAGGAAGAUCCUUGGAGAAGUCAUCAAUGCUUUGAAACAAACCUGGCACGUGUCCUGUUUUGUGUGUGUGGCCUGUGGAAAACCCAUCCGUAAUAAUGUUUUCCACUUGGAAGAUGGAGAACCGUACUGUGAGACAGAUUAUUACGCCCUUUUUGGAACAAUAUGUCGUGGAUGCGAAUUUCCCAUAGAGGCUGGUGACAUGUUCCUGGAAGCUCUGGGCUCCACCUGGCACGACACCUGCUUUGUGUGCUCUGUGUGUUGUGAAAGUUUGGAAGGGCAGACGUUUUUCUCCAAGAAGGACAAGCCACUUUGCAAAAAACAUGCUCAUUCUGUGAAUUUUUGAAAAUCAACAGUUCCAGGAAAGAGAAGAAAUUUGAAGAAAAGGAGGAAAAUUAAAAUUACCGUUUAAUUUUUAGUUUUAAUAUUUAUAUGGCAUUCUAAAAUACUAGUAUCCCUGAAGGGAUAAACUCCAUCAUUAAAACCCAAGUCUGUAACAAAACACUUGGCUUCAGAAAGCCCAGACAGUUUGGCAUUUAUUAUGACUUGCCUGUAUUUUCUGCCCAUGAAAUGGCCUUUAUAAAAAUCAAUUUCCUGGCUAUUAAGUUCAUCUUAGAAUAAAUUAGCAAAGGAUUACAUUUUAGAAUUAAAAACUCUUGCCUCUAUGCUGAAGUACACUUUCUUUCAUUGUCAGGUAGCUAUGAGAGUCCACAGAAGGCAAUAAAAGUGCCUUAAACUUUAUUAAUAAGAAUAAAUUGUUUAAUAACCUAUUUUUAUCUUUAGAAUAGUAAGUAGGGGUUUAAAUACAUUUUAUGAGUAGGAGGUAUCUUUUUUUUUCUUUUUAGUAUGUGCACAUGAUUUGGUCUUAUCAUUGGUCUUUUCAGUAAGAAGGUCUAGGAGAGUUUUUGAUCCAAGUGUGUCAUGCCUGUUAAGAGAUUUUGUCACCUCUUAUGUUCUCCUAAAGGCUGCCAUGUUGUUUAAGGCUGCGGAUGCUGGCUCUUCUGCAGAUGGGGCAGUUUGUCUGCAUUGUGUGUGGCCCAGCACCUGGCCUAUACUGCCAUCUUUCAUUCCAAGAUGAAGAUAGUUUAAUAGUGUUAGACGCUAAUAGUUUUUACUCUCUUUUUAGAAGAGAGUAGGUAAAAGAUAAGGGAAAUAGAAAUUGGAGGAAUGAAGCAAUUGUACCUGGAAAGUAUAAAGAACCACUUUCCCCUUACCGAUUAUGGACUGAUUAAUUUUUACAGUUGUGUCUCUGACUGAAGAUUUGAAAAAUUCUUACCCAGUAAUUUUUUUUGUGGGGGAGGGGUUAGGGAUUAUGAUAAGAUCCAAGUCUGUAUUGUUACUGUGUCUUUUGCUUAUUUGGAGUUGUUCUGGGAUUUUGUUUGUUUGGUUUUUGUUUGGGAUUCUUUUCUGAGUUAGGCAACUUUUAUUCUCUGGUGGUUGGUAGUAUGGGGGAACCAUGAUGUAUCACUUACAUCGCCCUGCCAUCUGUUCUCCGUGAUUGGGCAGAGCAUUGUACAGGCACCACUUGUAGUCAGGAAAAUUUCCGUGAGACCGCUGGCAGUAUGGCUCACUGCCCAGGGAGAAAACAGAUUAUGAGAUUUAUUAUUUUUCUCUUUGUUUCUACAAUGAAUGAAAGCCCAGGAUCCUGCUGGGGUAUAGGUUGAAUCUGUUGGGGACAAGGUGCUUUCAAAAUCCAGACAGAAUUCCUAGGUUCUUGCUGCCCCUCUCCUCACCCCAUCACUCAAGUGCACCUGUUCACCCUUUGUGUGUGUGUUGGAGAGGAGGUCUUAAACUACAGUAUUUGUUUAACCUCCCUAAGAACUUUCAAGGCAUCUGUCCUGAAAGCUGCUAAUCAAGGGUCUAGUAAAUUUAUAUUAAAUGCAGAUAAUAGUGAAUGGGGAGGGGGGAUAAAUGGACAGCAGGGGUGACACCAAAACUUUGCAAACCAAAAGCUUCUCCAGUAGCAGCCCAGACUACCUCCUCACCUGUGCUGGUAGGGAGGCCAGGAGUGUCAUCGAUGGACCUUCGUGCCUUAGGUCUCUUUGCUGUUGCAGUGACCAAUAGCAGACUUGAUGGCUCAUGUGCAUUAUCUCAGAUCUCAAUGUCAGGCUUCAUCUUUAUACUGCAAAAUAAAUUGGUGAUUUUGUUUUGAUGUGAUAGUUUUGUUUUGUCUUUUAGAUGAUGUGCCAAGGUAACAUUUGAGAACAUUUGCACAUUUGACAACAUUUACCUAUUCAAAAAUUGUUUCUUUGACUUGGAUUCCUUAUAAAGUUAUCUUUCUUUAAUGAUAUCAUUUUUAUUUAGCCUUUAAUGCUAUGUGUUAUUUGUGGAGCAUAAUGCUGCAUAUUAUAACACUAUUUCUCUAAAUUUAAUUCCUAAAAGGCUGUUGUGGCUUCCCGAUUUGGCAUUGUGUCUUUAUUCUUUUCCCAUUUUAUGGCAAGUUUUGUGUCCAUUCCUAAGGCAGUGACUCCUGGGAGAUGAGUUCUGAUCCUAACCAGAGGAGUCUACCUGCAGUGAAGCUGGCAUGCUUCAUUCACCAGCAUGGCUCUCUUAAGCCUGGCACAGCACUUUGCUCUGCUGGCGGCCUCCCUGGGUAUUCACUGAGUCUCUGUGUCAGUAGCAUUCUUUCAGUGUUACGCUUUCACUGCAGAGCAUUGAGUUUUCCCCAUGCUAGAUGUGUAUUUUGAAGGCUCUUUGAUAAACCCCAAAUGGAAACCAUAGUGCAUGACUCUUAAUGUUCCUCAUUCGAUAUCCCAUUCUCAAGACUUUGAUGGGCCCAGAUUAAUGCUGCUGCUCUAAUUGUUUGGGCUAACUGUUGCCUGCUGAGGUAACAAUCUCUGCCUGUAUUCCUGGUGACUCCAUGUUUCCCGUUGGUGUGGUGGCCUUCCCCAUGUAAAACUAAAGCCUACUUGUUUGACCAUAGUAUUAAAACAAAAGUAAUCAUUUAUCCUUUGAAUACUGAUAUAAAACUAUGUUUAAAAUUAUCUACCACAAAAUGUACUCUUUUCCAGGAACUUUAGGUUAGAAGAACUUCCAUAGAAAAGCAAUUGCUGCAGUGUGAAUCUGUGUGGUAUUAAUUUUUUGACAUUUGCCAUUCAGUCAUCUCCAUUGGAGUAGAGGAAAACGUAUGAGAUAGUCUUACACAAAUAUACCCUCAUUUCAUUCUGUCCUUCACCUCCAGAUGUCUAAAGUGUUGGAAUUAGAUGCUUUCUGUGUAUGCUGUCUUUUGUGUCUUUGCAUUUUUAAGUUUUUGUACACUUGGUCUUUUGCUUUUGGAUGUUUUCUAAUUAAAAACAAAUCACAUGAGAAUUGUAAUCGGUAUAGUGAUACUUUAAUGAGCACAUACUCAAUAAACAACAGCAAUGAUGGCAA